AUGUGCAUAAUUAUAGAUCAACAGCAAGGGUUGUUCAAUUAUGACAGAUUUAUUGUCAACUUUAGAUGGAUUUAUUUGCAUCAACCUGCCAUUAGGAGGAAGAAGUGCAUUGUAUCCUAUAAUUCCCACAAGUCAACUGUAACCAACCUCAAAGGGUCCGAUAUUGGUCCGAUAUCAAGGCUGUGCACAGGCGAUCUAUCCAAGACCACAGGCGAUCUAUGCAAGACUCUCAUACUUGCAUUCUUGCUCCAACCCCAACCAGAGCAGGGUGUUCACGGUAGUCAUCCGAUGGUCAAAAGCCUACGUCGAGAUAAGAAUCCGAGUGCCCUUCUCCCACCUCCUCCAGAUGUGUUGGACCCAAGACUUCCUCAAGAGCUCAUCGAGAGGGUGAUUGAAUACUGCGCCUGGAAUGAACGCACCUUGCGCGCAUGUAGCUUAGUGAGCCGAAGCUGGGUUACCCCUAGCCGUCGAUAUCUCUUUGGCAUUAUACGCCUCCACACAUAUGCUUCGGUGGCUGCGUUUUUGGAUCUCAUAGCAUCCUCCCCUCAUAACAUCACAUCUUUUGUCCAGAAACUGGACAUCUUGGAAUUCGACUCUGAAUGUCCCCCGAAAGGAUGGAUACGUCAUCUCUUCCAUCGACUCCCUUAUUUCCCACAUCUAGAAUGCGUUGCACUGCAGAUGUUUCCGAACUCGUAUCAUUGGCAAUGGGGGACUCAUUUAUCUAAAGAUAUUCGCAUGGCUUUCACCGACUUGUUCGUCGGCAUCACGAAGCUUGAGCUGAGCGCCAUGUUCUCGUCGUUUAAUGAACUUUGUGAACUUAUUUGCUCAUUUCCUCAAUUGCGGUCUCUGGUUUUGAACGGUGCAAACUGGCAAACCUAUCCGGAUUCUGACUCGAUUUUGACUAUCCCAACUCUGCGGGAUCUAUCCCUCGGAAGCAUUUCGUCGAAGCAGGUGCUGAUAACCUGGAUUUUGACAGGGAGUACUAAGGAGGCGUUGCUGGGUACUCGGAAUGCUCGAUUCACAUCCAUUCGACAGAACGAGGCUCCUUCUAUUGCAACAUACCUACAUGCCAUCGGCCCUUUCUUGGAGAGUCUCGAACUAGAAUUCUCUGGCCUAGAGGCAUUUUAUUUAGUGGAAGCGGAUAACCCGAAAUUUAAGGUUCCACACCCGGCUUUCAUUACAUUAAUUGAUCUUGCUCACAACUCAAACCUGCGACGUCUUCACCUCAGUAACCUAUUAUUAGGAGAAAGCCGAGAAAUCGGAGUCCUCUUCUACGGUUACCCCCCAGCAAGAUGGGUCGUCGCUAUGCUCUCCCAAGUUUCGUCGCCGUUGGAGGAGCUCCGGUUGACGGUGGUGAUAGAAAAACAUUCAAAAAGGGUCAAGAGCGAGGACAUCACCACUAUUGCCAUUGCUUUGGCCCGGCCGCGGUUUGCUAAACUGACGCUCGUCUGGUGGGAUUUUGUGCAGUCAAGCGUGUAUAGUCAUUGGAAAAUGGACGUUGAGUGGGAGAAGUCUGAGAUUAGAAAGGCAUUCGGAGUGGCGAAGUGGAAGGGUCUUCUCCGGGUUUCGGAGUCCCACUGA